UUUUGGCGGGAGGGCGGGCGGCGGCGGCACGGAGUGGGGGGGCCGGGGCGGCCAUGAGGGGGGCCCCCCUUCCUCAAUGUGGGGGGCGCGGCUCUCUCAGCGAGGGGGCAGAGUGUCCCGAGUUCCCUCCUCCUUCUCCUCCUCCUCCUCGGUGCCUAGUCCGGCUCAGGGCUGUCUGCACGGGCUGGCAGCGGCUGCUCCUUCUCCAGGCACAGGCCGGCAGCAGGGGCCUCUCCCGGCCCUCCCUUGAAGCCGCCUCAGAGCACAGCAGGCGGAGCGAUAGGAAGCUGCCCCUGAAUACUGAGUCGGGCCCCGGGUCUGCCCAGCUAGGGUGGUCGGCACUGACUGGCAGCCGCUCUCCAAGCUGAUCAUGGACCUGCCUGUGGAAAAAUGGAAGGCUUACGUUAGCCAGAAAUGGGCUUCGCUGGAGCCGUCCCUGAAGAAGCAGCUGUGUGAUACGGUAUCGCUCAGGGACAUCAUCUUUCUCUCCUUCACUCUCUUCCGUCCUGAAGAUGAAGAGUAUUUGCAGAGCCUGUCCGAAUACUACCACGUGCAGAAAGAGCCUCAGAGGGUGCCGUCCUACAAGGAGAGGGGGAAUGAGCGAUUCCAGAAAAAGGAUUACGCUGCAGCCUUAGUACUGUAUUCCACGGCAUUGUCUCACUCGGAGGCCGGCAGUCCGGAAGCGGCCGUGUGUUAUGCCAACCGCUCUGCAGCUCUCUUUCACCUGGGCCAGCUGGAGCUUUGUUUGGAAGACAUCGCCAGAGCGCAGGCAGAGGGCUACCCGGACAGGCUCUGCCCCAAGAUUUUGCUGCGGAAAGCGGAAUGCCUUCUUUCUCUGGGGAAGCUGCAAGAGGCAAGCGACACCCUCGGCCAUCUGGAGACGAAAAUGUCGGCGGAUCCGGGUUCGAAUGCUACCAGCCACCAGACCCUGCUCCAUAAGUUCCGUCAGCUGAAAGUCGGAGUCGGUCGAGAGAGGCCCAGCUCGGCCUGCCAGCCCACCGCCCGUGACGGGACCCAGGAGGAUGCGAGCCACUGGGAGGAGAACAGCAAGGUUUCCCACGCCUCUCCAUCCGUGAGCCUGAGGUUUUCCACCGGCAAAGGGCGCCAUUUGAUUGCUGCCGAGGAUAUUCCUCCUGGCCAACUCUUAGUCAGGGAAGAGGCGUUUGUCAGCGUGCUGCGUCCAGGAGAAAGCUUCUUGCUCCGAGGCUGUGCUGAGCCCACGUCGGACAAGCCACUGGAGACGGAAGAUCUUCACUGCCACCGUUGCCUGAGUCCACUUCUGGCUUCUGUGCCCUGCCGGGGGUGCAGCUACGCCCGGUACUGCAGCCGCACGUGUGCAGAGACGGCGUGGACGAGCUACCACCGGCGCGAGUGCUCCCUUGGGGGUCUGCUUCUCACGCUGGGGGUUUUCUGCCACGUGGCCUUCCGAGCCGUUCUGGUGGCGGGGGUGGCCGAGGUCAGCUCUUUGGUCAAGCCGCCGGGUGGGAGGGACGUGGAAGAGCCUGCCACUGGACCACGAGCUGACGAGGCCGAGGGGGACUCCGCCCCCAUCCCCGGCUGCGACGCUGACGGACGGUAUCGCGGUUCCUACCGAGCGGUCUUCAGUCUUCUGCCACACACCGAGAAACACAGUCCUGAAGCCCGGUUCCUCGGUGGCUUGACCGCGGCGGCCUUGUGCAGAGGCCUGGGAGACGCCGGCCGAUCCGCUUUGCUUCCCGGGGAGAGGACGCCUGAGAGCCAGGAAGAACCCAGCGCUGCUGAGACCUCUCCCGGCUUGAUGGUCUUCGGGGAGGCCGUGCUGAGGCACAUGCUGCAACUGCAGAGCAACUCGCAGGCCAUCACGGCACUUCGCGAGUCAGGUUCUGGGGGCGGACCAGUCACGAGCCGUGAGCAGGUGCGCCUGGCUGCAGCUCUCUUCCCCGUGCUCAGUCUCCUGAACCAUUCCUGCGACCCUAACACCAGCGUGACGUUCAGCAGCACCACUGCGGAGGUCAGGGCUUUGCAGCCCAUCCCCAGAGGGCAGGAGAUUCUCCACUGCUACGGGCCUCACCGCAGCCGCAUGGGGGCUGCCGAAAGGCGCGAGCGGCUCCUGGCUCAGUAUUUCUUUGAGUGCCGGUGCCAGCCCUGCUUGGAUGAACUCCGCCCCAGCUCCAGGGAGAGGGCAGCCCGCCAGCGCAGCGGCUUCUGCUGCCCUGCCUGCCGCAUGCCCAUGCAGGGGGAGGGCCUGCUCCGUUGCUCCAGCGGCGCCUGCGAGGGCCCGGUCCCGGAGGAUGGCUUCCUGCGUCGGCUGCGGGGACUUCAGCUGCGGACCGAGGCCGCCUUGGAACGCCUUGGGCAGGGCCAGUCCGGUCAGUCGGUGGAGCUCUUGCUGAAAUGCAGGCUGGAUGCGGAAAGAUUCCUCUCUCCGGACCACUUGAUGGUGGGCGAGAUUGAGGACCACCUGGCACGGGCCUAUGUCACCCUGGGGAAGUGGGCGGAGGCCGCAGAGCACCUGUCCAGCAGCAUCCAGGUUGUCGAAGCCCGUUAUGGCCCCUCCAGCAUAGAAGCCGGGCAGGAACUCUUCAAGUUGGCUCAGGUCCUCUUUAACGGGUGUGCGGUGCCGGAAUCCCUGGGCGCCAUCCGGAAGGCCGAGGCGGUCUUGUCCACCCACUGGGGCGCCCAGAGCCCUCCGGUCCGGGAGCUGCACGCCAUGAGAGCCUGCCUGCAGGAGCGGCUUGGAGGCCACGCCGCGGCCACGGCCAGGACGCCGACGGGCCCCCAGCCCCAGCGGUGAGGCCGCUGCUCCACCCUGCCUGGGAGUGGGGCCUGGAGGGAGGAAUCUUGUGCCUCUGAGAGCGGGAAAGGAGGGCCGUGUGAGGCUGCAGCUGCUGCGCGUCAUUAAAACCGCCAGGAGAUAGUCA